AUGCUUAUCACAGGCAAUGAAAUUCCAUCAUGGUUUGCACCUCAGAAGUCUUCUUCCUUUGCAGAAAUACCAUUUCCUCAUCCUUGUCCGCCAACUUCCUUUGCAGAAAUACCAUUUCCUCAUCCUUGUCCGCCAACUGAAUGGCUGGGAUUUGCUGUGUGUUUCUUGCUGGUAGCGGAUCGGCCUCUGGUCUAUGGCGAUACAGAGAUCGCUUGUUACAAAAUAAUGAAACAAGAUAAAGAUGAUUGGAGGGCGGAGUCUCCCGUGAUCACCAGGAAUGUUCCUCUUCUGGAGCCAAAACUACCUCACCUUUACAUUCUCUUUCUGUCCAUUGGAGAAUACCCUGAAAGAAUGCAUACAGGUUAUGGGUUUCGUUUGAUGCGUUGCCCUGAUUGCGGUCCAUUGAAAAUAGUGCAGGCUGGGUGUCGUCUGGUGUGCAAGGAAGAUCUUCAAGAUAUUUAUCGAAAUCAUUCCCAUACUUCCUCUGUAGGGCCUAAUAAUGAAUAAAAAACAAACAACAACGAUGGGCCAAGCCCAUAACCUUUCCUUCUUUUCCUUCUACUCCAACGGCACACACAAACACUUCAAUGCAGCAAUACACACACAUCUCUCACCGCCAUCCUCAUGUCACUUCUUUAACAAUAACUAGUGUGAAUCCCGCGCGAUGCGCAGAUUGUGUACAUAAUCUAUUUUAUUGUAUUUAUGUAUAUUUUGUUUAUAAAAAAAAUUAAUACAUAUUUAUGAGGAGUUAAUUUAUUUAGUAUAUAAAUAGAUUGAUUAAUUAAUUUUUUUUAA